UGAAAUAUGACAAACAAAAAAGAGGAGGGAUUCUUAUCUCUCAACAUCUAAGCUCUAGCUUCUUGGUCACAUUUUCAUGUUUAAGUCAUGCACUGCAUGGCGUUCUCCAAUAAUCCUCCACCAUUCUUUGACCAACGGAUCGUCUCACUUCGGCGUCUACCUCCAAUAUCUGCCAUCGGAGCACCACCCAAACCACUCCGUUACCAUAAUACACACUCAUUGCCCCUCGAAAAAGUCGAGAUUUUCAAGUCGUUGGAGUCUUGGGUAUCCCACACGGUUCUCCCUUUCAUCAAGCCUGUCGACAAAAGUUGGCAGCCCAAUGAGCUCCUCCCUGACCCGGCAAAGCCUAACGAUGAGUUCUUCGAUGAAGUUCGAGCCCUCCGGGAACGGGCUUCUAGGCUUUCGGAUGCUUACUUUGUGGCUCUGGUGGGUGACAUGGUGACUGAGGAUGCACUGCCCACUUAUCAGACCUUCUUUAAUACGCUAGAUGGCGUGCGCGAUGAGACUGCGUCCAGUCUGAUUCCUUGGGCUAUUUGGACUCGGGCCUGGACAGCCGAGGAGAACCGCCACGGCGACUUGCUCCGGACUUAUGUCUAUCUUUCGGGUAGGGUGGACAUGACCAUGGUUGAAAGAACGGUGCAGCACUUGAUUGGAGCCGGAAUGGAUUCAGGCACAGAGAACAACCCGUACUUGGGAUUCGUGUACACAUCGUUCCAAGAGCGAGCCACAUUUGUGGCUCACGGCAACACGGCUCGGCUCGCCAAGGAGGGCGGCGACCCGGUGCUGGCGCGCAUCUGCGGGACCAUCGCCGCCGACGAGAAGCGCCACGAGAACGCCUACUGCAAAAUCGUCGAGAAGCUCCUCGAGGUGGACCCCGACGGAGCCAUGGUGGCCAUCGGCGACAUGAUGCGGAAGAAGAUCACUAUGCCGGCGUACCUCAUGACCGACGGCCGCGACCCCAACCUCUUCGAACACUUCUCCGCCGUCGCGCAAUCCCUCGGCGUCUACACCGCCCACGAUUACGCCGAUAUUCUGGAGUUCCUGAUCGGACGGUGGAAAUUGGAGGGGCUCGGGGGAUUGUCGGGGCAGGGGAGGGAUGCACAGGAGUUCGUGUGUGGCCUCCCGUCGAGGAUUAAGAAGCUGCAGGAUCGAGCCGAUGAGCGAGCCAAGAAGUUGGGGCGGCGUGAAGUCAAGUUCAGCUGGAUUUUCGAUAGGGAAGUUUUAAUAUGAGAUGUUUUCCUUCAUUUUAAAUUUAAAUUGAUCUUCUGAUAUGUAUGUGUCAAACUGUGUCGGACCGGUAAUAAAACUAGAUAUAUUGGACAUUAAAUAAAGAACUCCUGAUAGGAAUUAGAAAAUUUGAAUUCGUGUCAUAUUUUAUCCAACAUUUUGAUCUAGUUAUGCCAUUUGCUAAGUAUAUAAAGUUAUGAUUACACAAGUUUCUGUGUAUGAAAAACAGGCAAAACUGUAAAAACUACUCCCUC